GGCACCGUGUGGGCUGGGAGGGAACGCGGCGGCGGUUCCUCAGCGCCCAGGGAACGCGCAGGCCUGGCCCGCGGGAGCGGACGGCCUCGGAGGAGAUUCGGCCGGCGAAGAGCUCGGCGUCUGGCCUGCGCGCCUCGGAGGCGCCUGCUGCUCCCCCGCGGCCCUCGGUGGCCACCGCCCCGGGACUUGCUGUGGCUCGGGCCUAAGUGGCCGCGGGCGUGCGGGCCGCUGGGAGCCGUCGGGCGGGGGGGGGGGGUCGGGACGAGCCCCGGGCAGGUGCCGUCCUCCCGCGGGCGCGGCCCGGGCUCGCCGGACCUCCCGAAACCUGCGGCCGGACCAGGUCCCGCCCGCCUCUCCGGGGACCCGGGUCCGCCGGUGGCGCGGGAGCGCAGAGACGGGAAACUUAGCCUUCCAUUGUCGUUUCUGAUCCUCGCGUGCGGAGAACUGCCAGUGUGGAGGAAAAAUGUCCUUCUUCAAUUUCCGUAAGAUCUUCAAGUUGGGGAGCGAGAAGAAGAAGAAGCAGUACGAGCACGUUAAGAGAGACCUGAACCCGGAGGAGUUUUGGGAGAUUAUAGGAGAGCUGGGCGACGGAGCGUUCGGGAAAGUGUACAAGGCCCAAAACAAGGAGACCAAUGUUUUAGCUGCUGCAAAGGUGAUUGACACCAAAUCUGAGGAAGAACUCGAAGAUUAUAUGGUUGAGAUUGAUAUAUUAGCAUCUUGUGAUCACCCAAACAUAGUCAAGCUUCUAGAUGCUUUCUAUUAUGAGAACAACCUUUGGAUCCUCAUUGAAUUUUGUGCAGGUGGAGCAGUAGAUGCUGUGAUGCUUGAACUGGAGAGACCUUUAACUGAAUCCCAAAUACAAGUAGUUUGCAAGCAGACUUUGGAGGCAUUGAAUUAUUUACAUGAUAAUAAAAUCAUCCACAGAGAUCUGAAAGCUGGCAACAUUCUCUUUACCUUAGAUGGAGAUAUUAAGUUGGCCGAUUUUGGAGUAUCAGCUAAAAACACGAGGACAAUUCAAAGAAGGGAUUCCUUUAUUGGCACACCAUAUUGGAUGGCUCCUGAAGUGGUCAUGUGUGAAACAUCAAAGGACAGACCAUAUGACUACAAAGCUGAUGUUUGGUCCCUGGGCAUCACCUUAAUAGAAAUGGCUGAGAUAGAACCACCUCAUCAUGAGUUAAAUCCGAUGCGAGUGCUGCUAAAAAUAGCAAAAUCCGAGCCCCCUACAUUAGCGCAGCCAUCACGAUGGUCUUCAAAUUUUAAGGACUUUCUAAAGAAAUGCUUAGAAAAGAAUGUGGAUGCCAGGUGGACUACAUCUCAACUACUGCAGCAUCCCUUUGUGACUAUUGAUUCCAACAAACCAGUCCGAGAACUGAUUGCAGAGGCAAAGGCUGAAGUAACAGAAGAAGUUGAAGAUGGCAAAGAGGAAGAUGAUGAUGAGGAAAUAGAAAAUUCUCUGCCGAUACCUACAAAUAAGCGUGCCUCCUCUGACCUAAGUAUUGCCAGCUCUGAGGAAGAUAAACUUUCACAGAAUGCUUGUAUUUUGGAAUCUGUCUCAGAAAAAACAGAACACAAUGCUUCUGGAGAUAAAUUCAGCAGCAAAGUUCUUAAUGAAAAAUCUUGCACUGAUGAAAAAACUGUGGAGGGUGUUGAGGAACAUGGGAAUGAUGCACGCUCAGAAGUUGCAGCUGAACUCCCUAAUCCAACAACAGUUCCCCAGGAGGAUGGAAGAACGGAGAAGAGACCCAAGCUGGAUGAUCUGUCUGACAUGGAAGACCAAGAAAUGGUGGACAUUGAUUUAGCCAGUGAAGGAAAAGGAAAUAAUACAGACGCUGUAGAAACAAAUAUUAAACGUAAUUUGAAACCUGAGGAAGAAAGGGAUCAGGAAAAGCAACAGCUACUUGAAAAUAAACCUGUAAGAUCUGAAAAUAGCAAAGACACCACUAUUCAAACAGGUGAUUUAGUAUCUGAAGAGACUGGAGAAAAAGAGGCAGAUAUUCGCAUAAUUGACAGUGGAGUUCUGCAUACAAAGGAAGACACACAAGAGAAAUUGGGAAAAGAUGAUAAAACUCAAAACGAUGUGAUCAGUGAUACAAGCAAUGUCGUAGAGAGAAAUGAAGAUGUGGGUGUUGCUCAGAAGGCAGUUGAAAACAGCACCUUGGAUGUUCAGAGUAAUGAUGGGAAAGAUGCACUUGAAGUAGCCCAGAAAUUAAUAAAUGAGGUCACACACAGUCCCGAGGCUGAUGGUACUGGAGAAGUUCCUUCUGUUACAGAAAUCGUAGCGACUAAUGACAUAGAUAAAAAAUUUGUGGAAAAUAAAUACGAGAAACAAUUAAUCAACAAUUCAGAGAACAUAUUAGACAACAGUGAGGAGACAGGGACAAAUGAAGUUGAAGAAGUUACUGAGUCAAGUAGCACUGAAGAAAUAGAGGUGAGAAGUACAGUGAUUGAUACUGAUGAAGAGACUAUCGGAAGUGAAACUCAGGAUGCUCAUAAAGCUAUUACUCAGCUAGACACAGAGCAAAAAGAAAUCGCAUAUGAAGUGCCAGCUAAAACAGAACCUCAGGUUCCUGCAGCUUCACAGCCCGGUGAACCUCAGCCUGUUCCAGUUCCCAGUAUUAAUAUCAACUCUGAAGAUACAGAAAAUAAAGGAGAAAUAGGUGCUUUAUCAAAAACUGAAACCAUACUGCUACCAGAAUCUGAGAAUCAAAAGGAAAAUGACACUGAUUCAGGCACCGGUUCCACUGCUGAUAAUAGUAGCAUUGACUUGAAUUUAUCCAUUUCUAGCUUCCUAAGUAAAACUAAAGACACUGGGUCAAUAUCUUUACAGGAAACAAGAAGACAGAAAAAAACAUUGAAGAAAACACGCAAAUUUAUUGUUGAUGGUGUAGAAGUGAGUGUCACAACGUCAAAGAUAGUUUCUGAUAGUGAUUCUAAAACUGAAGAGUUGCGGUUUCUCAGACGUCAGGAACUUCGAGAAUUAAGAUUUCUUCAAAAAGAAGAGCAGAGAGCCCAACAGCAACUCAAUGGCAAACUACAGCAACAACGAGAACAAAUUUUCCGGCGCUUUGAGCAAGAAAUGAUGAGUAAAAAGCGACAGUAUGACCAGGAAAUUGAGAAUCUAGAAAAGCAGCAGAAACAGACUAUUGAACGACUAGAACAAGAACACACAAAUCGCUUGCGAGACGAAGCCAAACGCAUUAAAGGAGAACAAGAAAAAGAGCUGUCCAAAUUUCAGAAUAUACUAAAGAAUCGAAAGAAGGAGGUUUUAAAUGAAGUGGAGAAAGCACCCAAAGAUCUGAGAAAAGAGCUCAUGAAACGCAGGAGAGAGGAGCUUGCACAAAGCCAGCGCGUUCAGGAACAAGAUUUUGUUCAGAAGCAACAACAAGAAUUAGAUGGCUCUCUUAAAAAGAUCAUCCAACAACAGAAGGCAGAGUUGGCCAACAUUGAGAGGGAGUGCCUGAAUAACAAACAGCAGCUCAUGAGAGCUCGAGAAGCUGCCAUUUGGGAGCUUGAAGAAAGACACUUGCAAGAAAAACACCAGCUGCUCAAACAGCAACUUAAAGAUCAGUAUUUUAUGCAAAGACAUCAGCUUCUUAAGCGCCAUGAGAAGGAAACAGAACAAAUGCAGCGUUACAAUCAACGGCUCAUUGAGGAACUGAAAAACCGACAAACCCAAGAAAGAGCGAGACUGCCCAAGAUUCAGCGCAGUGAAGCCAAGACUCGAAUGGCCAUGUUUAAGAAAAGUUUGAGGAUCAACUCAACAGCCACGCCAGAUCAGGACCGUGACAAAAUUAAACAGUUUGCUGCACAAGAAGAAAAGAGGCAGAAAAAUGAGAGAAUGGCCCAGCAUCAAAAACAUGAAAAUCAGAUGCGGGAUCUUCAGCUGCAGUGUGAAGCCAAUGUCCGAGAACUGCAUCAACUACAGAAUGAAAAAUGCCACCUGUUGGUUGAGCACGAGACUCAGAAACUCAAGGAGUUAGAUGAGGAACACAGCCAAGAAUUAAAGGAAUGGAGAGAGAAACUGAGGCCUCGGAAAAAGACACUAGAAGAAGAGUUUGCCAGGAAACUACAGGAACAGGAAGUGUUCUUUAAAAUGACUGGGGAGUCGGAAUGCCUUAACCCAUCAACACAGAGCCGGAUUUCCAAAUUCUAUCCUAUUCCUAGCUUGCAUUCCACUGGAUCGUAACAGUGGAAAUAUUCUGUUGGGUUUGGCUUUUUAAAUAUGUCAUUCUGUUCUCUUCAUCUUCUGCCAUGGUCUGUCUCAAAUAACUCAUAAAGACUCACCUUUUAGGUGGUUUUCUGUUUUGUUUUAAGCAAAGAUGAAGGGAAAAUGAACUAAGACAGAUGCUAAGCCAUGUUGGCAAGGUAGCAUCCUGCAGUAAUUCCCUAAGGUGAUUUUGUAUAUUAACCUUAAAUAUUGUAUUCUUUAGACAGUUACUGAAAAACUGUUAAGAGAAAUAAUGUUUAAAGUUAUUAAAAAGAACUGUUACAUCACUAAGUAUUAAUAUCUUUUUACCUGACCUACCUUUUCAAUGAUGUCUAAAUUCUAUAGUUAGAACUUUGCUGUAAAGAAUUGGAAUAAUUUUCUUCUAGUAAAUCAGCAGCAUUCAUAAAAGAAGCUAUGAGUUGCUCAAAAUAUGCUAUUGACUCAGUAAAUAAAAAUAUUUUAUCAUUUAAUAGGAAUAAACUCUUUUAAAAGAGAAAAAUUGUUUCAGCAAUUUGUUUUAAACAUUGCCUGAUUAGGUGGGCACUAAUAAUUGAGGUGCUGGUUUUAUUAAGAUAGUGCCUAAGUUUCAGUCACAUCCAAAAAUAGGAUUUUCUUUUUGAUCAUCAGGGACAAAACACCCUUAGCAUUGAACAUUAUUGUUUUAAAAAUCUUGUUCCUGUUACCAUUUUCAUUCUAAAAUAUAUGUUGUACAAAGUUUGGGAUGAUGGGGGAAAAGCAUAUUUUAAAAUGUGCAAAUUGGAAAUGGAAAACUCACUACAUUAGAAGUAAUAUAGGUUUAGCUGUCCUAGUUUAUUUCCUAAAAUAAGACAUGAGCUGGGUAAAUAACUUCUGUACAUCUUAGCAAGUUCUGUUCACUUAAAGCUCUCAGAAGCCUAUAGAGUGAGUUAUACUUAUAAAUAUAUUGUCUGAAAUUAAUCUCAAACAUUUAUUCAGAAUAAUUUUUUUAAAAAGUUUAAAUAUUUAGGCACACAUCAUAAAUGACUUUUUGUUUUGAAAUGAAGUUAUUACAUUUUGAUUUUAUUUUGUUCCAUGUUUAAAUUAUUCACUUUGAGUGGGGAAAGCUUGAAGGUUUUAUCACGUGGUUGCUGAUGUGUGUAAUUAUUAAUGAGAUGUUCACUCUUAGUCCCUUUUGAGGCUUAGACCCUAACCACGUGUCAGUUCAACAGUGUUAUAACUGAGCUCUGGUGUAGAGGAGGCCCGUUGCCGGCCAUUGCAGCCUGCUCUCUCCAGAGUGCUGGGCACCACAUUGUAAACGUUUAGCUUUUAGUUAUUUUACUUCUGAGGCUGGUGAAAAAUGUCAAUGUAACGUUGUGAGAACACUGAUUCAUAUUAAGAAAAUGUAAAUAAAUGCCUGUAGCACUUUCUUGCAGUUAAUUUGAAAACUUUGGGAUACUGAAUUUUAUUUUGUCAGUGAUUUAGAUGAUUUAAAAAUGCAUGUGUAAUUUUAAUUUUGUAAUUGUUUUGACAAGCAGAAUUUACUUGGACAACUUUGUAGGUAGCCUUAACUUUUGGCCAAGUUUGGUUUUUAUAUAAAUAUAUAUAAUAUAUAUAUAUAUAUAUACACACACACAUAUAUUAUGUAUGGUUGUAAAUUCAUACACUUAUCACAUGAAUGUGUUACUGCAGACAAAACUCUUAAUGCUUUAUUCUCAAGUGCUGGGUUGAAAACUGUUUUGAAAGCCUUUUAAAAUGUAUAUCUUUAUAAAGUAAUAUUCAGGAUGAUGAUGGAAAUUGUUUAUAUUGUUAUGAUAAAAAUGACAACAUAGUGUUACCCAGUGUAUUUAAUGAUUUAUUUGAAGAAGGAGAUGGGAGGAAGACUCUCCUACCACUUUAUCUUUUGAAAUUUUCAGUUUAUUGGCUGUUUAAAAAUGAAUAUUUCAGCCAGUGGAUUUUUUUCAGUCAUUUAAAUAAUUUUGGACAUAAUUUGAUCUGAUUAUUUGGUUCUUUCUAUUCCUUUUAAUUUAACCUUCAGAAUACUGAAUCCAGGCUCGGCUUGGAGCAGAGCUGCUGACACGAGGGGUAAGUUUGUCAGCAGCUCUCACAUCCCCGUGACCCUGCCCUGCGGACUCACUGUUCACGCUCAGAGUUCUCUUAAAAUCUGUGUCCAUGUGAGUGCAGGGCUAUACAGUGAUACAUAUGUAGAGAGGAAACAUUCUCCAUAAUUCUUCAGGUUAUAAAAAAAUCUAUCCAAAAAGUGUUUUGUAGAAUAUGCUGUUUUACCCCUCCCUUCACAUAGAUAAUAGUGAUCUUUAUUUCUUGCAUGAAGUGUAGGCAGAACGUGGCUGGGGGCACAGACUUCUAAUUAGAUUCUGUUGUUGCUGCAGCAGAAUGUGCCAUGCAAUGCAAAAAGGAAUUACCCGUAUGUGUACCCUAAAUGGUCACCUCCCCUCUUUUCCCUGUGCACUGUGGGCAUGCCAGACCUCCACACUUCUGCAGGUCCUGCUCCUAGAGCUUGGCAUCCGGCUGCCAUUCCUAGUCCUGUCAGUCCAUAGGCUGUGGAGUUCCUGAAUUAGCUCUUAUCCUAGGUGGAGUCACAUCAAGCUUUUCCUUACCCUUUUCCAGGGGAAGCUAUGGGGUGGGUGAGGAGGAAAUUCAGAGUGCUUUUACUUUGCUGAUAAUACUGGAAUCUGCCUAUGACAGGACACAGCAAAUUAUAAUAUAAUCAAAUAUAAACCAGAACCACAGCUACCUCUAAGUAGUGUUUCCUCAAGCACAAAGCUCUCAGGCAUAUGCGACCUUCUUUCACAAAGGGUCUCUGAUCUCUUGAGCAUCAGCGAGUUUCAGAAGUGACUUUUUUGUACUCUUCCAGUUCCCUUUGCACCCUUUCCCACUCCAUACUGUGCUUACGUGACUCUUCCGAGAAGCCAGAUUCAGUCAGUGUUAGCUGGAGAUUCUGGGGGUUAAAGAGAACCUAGAAUGGCAGGGGAAGAAGAGCUCCAGUUUUAAAGUCACCUGACUGAGCAAAUCUGUACUUUUGUGGGAAAUGACAUUUUGUAGGAAAUGGGAUGAUGCGUUAAAUGCUUUUCUUACAUCAAAGCCGUAACAGUUAAUGCCUUAUUGUUGCUGUUGUGUGGAGAACAUCGUUUCCGUAAUGCUUUAAUAUCUCUGCUGUGAAGCUGGGGAUAGAGUGUCCAUCAGUUUUAGAUGUUGGCUGCAGCUUUUUGUGAUUCUUUGCAGUGUAAUAAGCUCACAAGCUAAACUUCAGAAAGAAUUUUGUUUCAGAUUAUGCCUCUUGUCUAUUUGGGAUCAGUAUUGUCUUUUCAAUCAUGGGAUUGACAAACAAAAAUAAAGUUAUUUCUUAAUCUA